AUGAGAUCCAAAUUUAGAAAUGAAUUUGUAUUCCCAAUAUUCCUUUAUUAUGAUGAUGUAGAGUUAGGGAAUCCUAUUGGGUCUCAUUCCGGUAUCAACAAAAUGGGAUGUGUUUACUACACAGUUGCGGGGCUUCUCUCAGAGUACUUAUCUUCACUUGAUAAUAUAUAUCCUGACAUUCUAUUUCACACACAAGAUAGAGGAUAUCAAUCUAUUUCCAAUAAACAUAUGUUUUCAGCCCUUAUUAAAGAAUUAGUAAGUUUGCAAGAAGAAGGAAUUAUGAUUUGA